AGCCUCCAAACACUGUUUUCUCUCUCUUACUUCUCUCAUCGCCUUUGGUCUCUCUCUCUCACUCGCGUACCCUACCCUUUGAAACUUCUAAACUUUCAACAUUUCUCUCCACCUCCGCUAGAAAACCCUAACCCUCUUUCUCUCUCCUAGGGUUUCGUUUCUCUCUCUAGUCAAACAAGAUGCAGGACCCUCUAAACAUGUCCCUCGACGACCUCAUCAAGACCAGCAAGAAAUCCGGAUCGGGCAACGCUCGAGGCCGUGGCCGGGCCUCAGGACCCGGACCCGCCCGCCGGUUGCCCAAUCGUGCCGCCAAUCGUACGACGCCGUAUGCGGCGGCCAAGGCGCCGGAGACCGCGUGGCAACACGACCUGUAUACGGAUCAGGGGGCGGCGGCGUUCCCGGCUCAAGCUGGAAGAGCCUCGGCCAUUGAAACUGGAACCAAGCUCUACAUCUCCAAUCUCGAUUAUGGCGUUUCCAACGAGGACAUUAAGGAACUGUUUUCAGAGGUUGGUGACCUGAAGCGAUAUGGAGUACAUUAUGACCGAAGUGGGAGAUCGAAGGGAACGGCAGAAGUAGUCUUCUCACGACGACCAGAUGCUGUUGCCGCGGUUAAAAGAUACAACAAUGUUCAGCUUGAUGGGAAACCAAUGAAGAUAGAGAUUGUAGGAACGAACAUUUCAACACCUGGCGGACCUCCUACUUUGCCCCCUGCUGCUAAUGGCAACUUUGGAAAUUCGAAUGGAGUUCCUAGGGGUGGACAGAGUAGGGGUGGUGCAUUUGGACGUAUACGUGGCGGGGGUGGCCGUGGUCCUAGAAGGGGGGGCCGUGGACGUGGAAGUGGUAAUGGAGGUGGAAGAGGCCGUGGUGGUGAAAAGGUAUCUGCUGAAGAUCUUGAUGCCGAGCUGGAGAAGUACCAUGCAGAAGCAAUGCAAGAGUAAAACGCAAGCAGUUGUGUUUUAGUGUUGGCUUUAUUACAUCUUCUGUGGCCCAUUAGGGGGCUUGGUGAUUUGACAACCUCAUCUAUUUUGUGUAUUUCUAUCGAAGUCCUACUUUCUAGAGAGAGAAAUUAAGCGUAGAAAGAACUUAUAGAAUCUUGCUUAUGGAGUUUGGGAUCUUAUUAUGUUUAUUUGAACAUGGGUAUGAAAUAUGUGGGUUAAUGGACAGUUUCAGUGCUUUAACUGAACUCCCACUUUUGGACCGUUAGCUUCUUCAAUCCCUUUUUAUACAUUCAACAAGUUGGGGUAUGGAAUUGGGAAGCUUAUCUCUCUGUUUCUCCACACGCAAAGACAAAACUGGCUGCAAGGUGUGAAAGGAUUGAGCCUUAAAGAAAUCCCACACUGCUGCAAUGUGUUUGGUUCUACUGCAUGUAAAGUGGCGUACUUCACAUGAGGUAGAUAUCUCUGUUUUCCUUGGCAUUGAAGUCUUGUUAACUAUUUAAGUUUUGUCCUUUGUGUUUGGUGCAGUUGAGUUAGCUAUUUUAUGGUAGCUUUCUCUAAUAUCCUGCCCCAGAAAAUGAUAGUUUCCAUGUUUAUUGGGCAUCGAUCCUGACAUUAUGUGUUUAGAGAAAUUGUGUGGACUAAACAACCACUGGUUCUACAUGUAGAAUCGGGUAACAGGAGUCACAUUGAUGAUGUUCAGAGAUAUGCGUUGCCUUCGGGCUUCAUAGUCCUGGGGGGAGUUCCAGAUAUGCCUGCUUUUUGACGGUCUAUUCGCUAAAGACAGCGGGGUGACUGUUAAUACUGAAUGUAUUUUUGGGUAAGAGUGAGUGAGUUGCUGUUUGAUUGUGAAUUACCCCUCUGUUGGCUAGAUUGCAAUGGUAUGAGUGGUUGAAUUC